UUUACCUCACAAGUUACUUUGUAGUGAAAAAGAGAAGAUGGUCGAGAAAGAGGAUGGGGAAACAUGCCAUUUUUGUUUUGUUAUUGGAUAUUCUACAAUUGGUCUCAGUUUUAGGUGAUAAUUUAGUUAAGCGAAAUUUGCCAGACAAAAGGCGUUUUCAAGUAAUAAAACCGGUGUUCUACCACAAUAGAUUGCCAAGGGAAACCACUCACAUUAAGAAUGGUACCCACCUUAAAGAUGUCACACUAUAUUUUCAAGCAUACAACAGACAUUUCCUUAUAGACUUAACAGUCAAUAGGUAUUUAUUUUCAAAGAAUUUCAUAGAAAAGAAAUUUCAUGAUGCACACAGAUAUACUAUACACAAGCCUAAUAUAGAGGAGUCUUCUCACUGUUUUUACCAUGGUUCACUCCGUGGGUUUCAACAUUCCAUAGUAGCUGUUAGCACCUGUGAUGGGAUAAGGGGCUUGAUAUCAGAUGGGAGAGUCUCUUAUCAUAUUGACCCUUCUCGAGAGUAUGGUCGGGGACGUCACAAACUGUAUAUAGAACCCGAUGAUCGACCCACUCCAUUCCAGAGAAGAGGUGACAAAUUAAAACAUUCCAGUUUGCAUGCAAAUGCAACAUUAAAUUAUUUACAUACCAAAGAUGUCUUUCAUAGAGUCCGACGAGAAAUUCGUGGUCCCUAUGACAGUAAUAAUAAUGCCCGGUUUGUAGAGAUGUACAUCGUUACGGACCAAAGACUGUACCGUACGUACAGUCGACAGGAUAGCAUGGUCAUUCAAAGAGCUAAAGACAUUGUGAAUAUUGUUAGCAAGCUCUAUAACCCUUUGAACAUCUACAUUGCUCUGGUGGGAGUAGAAAUCUGGACGACGGACAAGAUCCGAAUCACAUCUCAGGCUAAUAACACACUGGAGGAGUUCCUCAACUAUAGAAAAUAUAGCAUCAACCCUAAAUAUGAAAAUGACAAUGCCCAGCUGAUCACUGGCCAGCAGUUUACUGAUAACAUACUGGGGAGAGCUUUUGUUAACACUAUAUGUACAUUUAGCUCUUCUGGUGGUGUGGUAUCUGAUGCGGAUGUAAACAAUCGCCUGAUCCAGGUAGCCACCACUGUGGCCCACGAGCUUGGACACAAUCUGGGAAUGGCUCAUGAUAACUACUCCUUUUGUAAAUGUCCUGAUGACAAGUGUAUAAUGGCUCCUACACAAGCAGGUAUUUCCCCGCCCACUAAGUGGUCCUCGUGUUCCCAGAUUGCUCUGGCGGAGAAUUUUGAGAUCGGUAUGGACUACUGCCUGAAGAACAAGCCAGACAAGUUGUUUGAGGGCCCCGUCUGUGGGAACGGCUUCGUAGAGCCGGGGGAGGAAUGUGACUGCGGAAUAAAAGGGGAGUGUAAGACAACCUGCUGUAAUGCUUUAACCUGCAAACUCUCACCAGGGGCUGUGUGUGCAACAGGAAAGUGCUGUGAUACCAACACUUGUACAUUGAAGCCCCGAGCCACUCUGUGUCGAGGAGCAUAUGAGGAGUGUGAUCUACCCGAGUUCUGUAAUGGAGAGUCAGAAUAUUGUCCAUCUGAUGUCUAUAGGAAGAAUGGGAUAGAAUGUGGUAAUGGACAGUCGUACUGUUUGAAUGGGAAGUGUAAGACACACACAGGACAAUGUCGUCUGCUCUGGGGAGCUACCGGUAGGGUGUCUGAUCCCAUAUGUUUCCAGCAUCUCAACGUGAAUGGCUCUGAAACGGGGAAUUGUGGGUAUAAUCUGAAGACCAAUCGAUUUACCCGCUGUGACAAAGACAGUGAUGUGAUGUGCGGUCUCUUACAUUGCGUCCACCUGAAUGAGAAGCUCAUGUUUUGGCGGGAAACCUUAGCCAUUGCCACCCCUGCCUCCUUCUUACAGAAGGGGUCAAAGGUCUACGUGUGUCGCUCUGCCACACUCGAUGUAGGACUCAAUAUGCCAGAUCCAGGGCAGGUACCAGAUGGGGCCAAGUGUGGACAUAACAAGAUUUGCUACAACCAUAAAUGUACAUCACUAGCCAGAAUACCUUCAAGGGAAUGUCCAGAUUGCCACAGUAAUGGGGUGUGUAAUAGUAUUGGUCAGUGUCAUUGCAAUGAGGGAUUCAGCCCUCCUUUCUGUGAUGCACCUGGUUAUGGAGGCAGUUUACACAGUGGUCCAAUCAAAAUCAAAGACAACAAUGACCUACUUAUUGGACUGCUGGUGACUUUUGCAAUGAUAAUCGUGUUUGGAUGUUUGGCUUUCAUAGCAUUCUACUACAGGGAAUCCAUAAAGAAAUGGUGGAUUAACCACCCAGGGGACCUCAAGUUCAGAGUACCAUGCUUUUCACUUUCAUCUUGGAAACGACCAGCAAAUGGCCGUGCUGGAGGAGCAGCGGUUAACAGCAGAAAUCCAAAUAUUCCGAGAGAUAUUUCAACACCAGUGUUUCAAAGUACCACUGCUACUCAGUCCCGCAAUAGGACGAUUAAAACAGAAACUAGUCCAGAAAAGGUAGCCCUGAAACCUCAGUCCAAAUCCAAAACACCUGUCACAAGGCCGGAUCCACCCAAAUUCUUCAAAAAGACACGGAAACAGGAACCUGACUCUGCUACAUAUCAAAAUGUCGCUGUUAAAUUGCCCCCAAGUCGAGACAAACAACAAGAGUCUUCUUUUCAAGAAGUUAAGUUAAAUCCUGUACCAUCAGAUACUAAAGAAUCAAAGUCCAUAUUUUCCAAGUUCUCCAGGAAAACAUCUAAAAGUGAGGAGAGCAAGAAAUCAGAGGAAAAAGGUCAGCCAUCUACAUUUACCCCUUCCUCAAUGCCCAUUGUAAAACCAGGAGCCAAAGCAGUGUCAAAGCAGCCAACUACUGCAUUAAAACCAACACCACCAGCUUCUGCUCUUAAACCAACUGGAUCAGCAGCUGCUCUUAAACCAACUGGAUCAGCAGCUGCUCUUAAACCAACCGGAUCAGCUGCUGCUCUUAAACCAACUGGAUCAGCUGCUGCUUUGAAACCAACAGCACCAUCUGCUGCACUUAAACCAUCUUCACCUGCCCCUGCAUUAAAACCAGUCAUAAGACAGAAUUCCAAUCCUUCAAAUCCAUCAGUGACAAGACAAGACUCCAAUUCUUCUGGAAGUGGAGUCGCAAUGCGCAAAGAGCGUGUUUCACGUGAAAUUUCAAACCCUGUGCUUAUCAGCACAACAGACAGACGAUCUCAAGCUUUUGUUCAAGAUAAGAAAGACGGUCAGUUGGUACCACCGGUUCCAGCACAUUCAAACCGGAACAGCUCUAGCAGUAGCAGCAGUAAUGGAAAGUCUCCUUCCAGACCAAAAUCAAUGCCACUGCAGGCUCAAAAACUAGCAUUCCCUGGGGAUCAGAAUCAAAAAGCUGCAGAGGAACCCAUAUUAAAAUCACCUCAAAGACCUCCUCCUAGCUAUGAGGAAUACCUUAAAAACAAAGGUCCUGCAGACAAAAAGGCAGGACCAUCACCCAAACUUGGAACUGAGGUGAAAGAUGAAGUGACUUUUCCAUUAGCUAAAAAUAGAAAUCCUGUUUCUAAAUUUGGAAGUAAUUUAAAAGAAGAACCCUCCAGAAAACCACUCUUACCUAAAGUGAAAUCCACUGGACAAGUGAUGGAGCAAGAUUCCAAUGGAAGGAGACCAAAACCAUCCCGGUCUCCUCCAAAACCAGGAAUGAAAUUACCCAAGAAACCAGUACAGGCAAGCUCAUCUUUAGAGAAAACAGACUCUUUUGAAAAAGUGCAGGAAGCCCCUGCAGUAGCUCAUAUAAAAGCUAUGUUUGAUUCCAUGGAUGUUGGCAAGAAAUCAGUGUUUGGUUCAGACAGUUCACUAGGACAAGUGGGAACCAAAUCUCAACCAGUAACCGGUGAAACCAGACCAAAACCUUCACCCAAACCGGGAUCUGGUUCAAAGAUUCGGAGUGUUAAUGUAUAAGUUUAUAAAGAUUUUCUUGUGAUAUGAUCAAGUAAUAGGGUGCCAUUUAAAUGAGAGAGAUUAAUAAUUUGUUGAUGUCUGCCUGAAUUUUUUGUGGGGUCACUUGAGUGUCACAACUGACCUUAUACUGUCUGUCUUCGUUCAUCAUACUUUGAAAUGUCAUCCGUAAGCUUUAAAACGUUUUAAACUUCUCCUAUGAAACUGCUGGGACAUUCAAAUACAAAAUUAUUAGAUUAUAAAGCAUCUUUAACAUGUGUAAAGCAUUAAAAGAAAUAUUGCCAAUUUCAAAUCUUCAUCCUAAAUUUACAUCCUUUGACCUUAGGGGGUGGGGCAACAAUGUGCAAAUUAAUAAAAAAAAAUUUCCACAGUUCAUCAAAGUGGAUAAAUUGUUUGCUUAGUUAUGAUGCAACAAGCAUACAUUUACUUCCCAGAACGUGUAUACAGACAAUGAUUGCAUAUUUUUUGAAAAUAUCUUCCAUGUACAUAACUAUAUGUAGUAUGUAAAUUGAGUAAAUUUUUGCCAAAGUACAAGAUUACUCCUUUAGCUUUUAACAUUGGUAUAGAAUGCAGUAGUUGUUGCAAAAUACUCAGAUGUCCCAUUAUUGAUACCAGAUAGUUUAGGUUACAAAAUUCUACAGGCAUAAGUAGAACUUGGUACAUGUAUAUAAUGGUAACUGAAAGAAUUGAAUUUACAUGUGUAUUUUAAGAAUUAGAAAAGGUAUUUUACUCUUUUCAUUUCGAAGCAAGUAUUGAUUUUUCACUACACAUUUUUAUAAACAAUACUCAAUUAUACCUAUUUGCUAUGAAUUUUUCAGAUAGCAGGUGCUUUAUAUUAAUUUGCAAUACCUCAUUAAAAAAAAAAUCAAAUUUCAAGGAGACACAAUAUUUAUUUUUUUUUUCACUCUCUGCUGGCCAGACAUAUUUGCUUUGCAUUACACAAACAGUUUUAAAACUUUUUUCUGUUAGGAGAAAACAAUAGUCCUGAUUUUUUUAUUUAUUCAAAUCUUUCCCUCUUUUCUUAUUUGAAGUAAAUAUACAUCUUAUACCCUUGGCUUGUAUUCCAGUUAUGUUUUAUUGAGAGAAUUACGCAAUAUAGGUUUAUGAUAGCAAAAACUAUAUCCCUCCUUGAUAUUUAUGUAUGCACAGUUUGUGAUAUGAUUUGAUAGUGUUAUAGUAUAUUGUACUUUAUUAUUUUAACCCAUUCCUUGGAGGUUUUUUUGUAUUCUAUGAGAUUUUUUUUUGUUGCAUACUAUAUGUUUUUAUAGCAUCUGAGAGAGAAAUAGAGAGAGAGAGAGAGAGAGAUUAAACAUUGACAUGAUCAUGUGCCUUUUGAUUUCUUAUAGAAACACUCAUUUUUGUUCACUGAUGUCUUUAGAUAAAGAGGAUUAAUGGUUCUGUUAUGAGAAUCAAGAUUUAUGUAGAUUUUUUUUUUUACACUGCUCACAGUUUUCUUGCCAUGAAGUACCAGUAACUGUCCCAAAGGUUUUAGUAUAUAGAUACAAUCCCAGAACUGUUAUGUUCUCAAUUUUAUUUUUUAUUUUUGCACUGAAACUAACUACAGCAUUGGUAAAGUUGAUUGUCACUUGAGAUGGCAUUAUUUUAGGCAGCAAAAUGAACACCAUUACAGAAGUAUUGCUAAAUUGAAAGAUUCUAGAUGUGUUCAAGAAACAUAUGUUUUGAUCUUCUUUUAGUCUUUUAUGGAAAAACUGAUCCAAUAUGCUAAACUUCAAGACAACAGUGAAAUUAAAUAAUAAUUGACUAUCCUACAUGGAAACUUUAGCCAUAUACAAUACAUACAUUCAUCUUAAUAACAUACUAUAAACAAUUAUAAAGGAAUUGUUUCCCUUUAGGUCUCUUCAUGAGUCCCCAUACAUACAUGUAUUAUUAUGCUCAUUAUUUCUCUGUGCUAUUGCUAAAUGCAAAAUUUGUCAAUAUGUCUGUCAUUCCAUUGUUAAAGUCAUAAUUUUUAUCUUGCUUAUUUUAUUCUUUGUUAUAAAUGUUCUAUUUAAAUCAACUGCUUUGUCUGAGAAAAUUGUCUUAAAUUGAUCUGAGUUUCUUGCCUUGGAACAUGUUACUUUUCAAGAUUCCGUUUCAGCCUUGAGUUUUAAAUUCUAGACUUAGGACGAAGGUUCUCUUUGGAUUACAUGUACAUGUAUUUCUGUUCUGAAUUCAUAUAUUAAAUAUGUGAAAAGGUAUUACACAUAAAAGAGUAUCCAUGAAAAUGAUAUCAGAGAUGAAAUACUUUUGUUUUGUUUAUUUUUAGAGGAGAGCCAUCUACACUGAAAAGAGAAUAAAUAAUACAAAAACA